AUGACCGCAAAACCGACCACGCCCCUCGAGCGCCACUGUCUCGUAACAGUAGGCGCAACAGCCUGCUUCACCCAGCUCCUCACUGAGGUACUCUCCGCCGCCUUCCUGGACCAUGUCACCUCAAACCGCUACACGCACCUCACACUCCAGUGCGGCAAAGACUAUGCAGAAUUUUCCCGCCAGAUGCUACCUCCGCUUCUAAACCAGUAUCCCGGAAUUGAAAUCACCGCCUUUGACUUUGUCGACGACCUGACCACCGAGAUGGUCAAGUGUAGAGCGCAGGCGGGCGUGCGUGAGGCUGGUGUGGUCAUUUGUCAUGCAGGCACGGGAACCAUCCUCGACGGAAUGCGCGUUAGCGUCCCCCUCAUCGUGGUCCCCAACCCAACCCUAAAGGACAACCACCAGGUCGAGCUCGCCGAAGAGAUCCAGCGCCAGGGCUACGGGAUCUGGGGCCGCCUCGGCGACCUCGCGUUCGCCCUGGAGCAGCUGACCCUGCAGCUCGAUAAGACGGAGCAGCAGUACCGGCCCCAUCCUGUCGCGACGACGGGCGCGGCUCCGGUGGAUGUGGAUGUCUGGCAGGUCAGCGGCGCGCUUAUGAACCGCUACGCUGAUGAACCCAUUCCUGCUGCUGCUGCUGCGGCGCCUGAGACGUCUGAAGCGACAGACGGCGGCGACGGCGGUGCUGGAGAGGAGGUCCAGCGGGAGGAGGUGGCGCAGAUGACGAUGGGCUAG